UCUAUGUGAAGUAGUUAUAUCAAUUUUCCAUGAAAUUGUCCAAGUUCAUGGAAAAAUCCAAUAAUAAGUUAAUUUUAACACCAGGUUCCAAUCUGAUGGAACAGAAAGGAUGUAACGAAGCUAGCUGAGCUUUGAUAUGAUUACUGUAUAGAUGGAGAAAAGCACGGAGGAGGUAGCAGGGGGUGAAGAAGCAGCAAGAGCAGAGGACGGAGGGCACAGAUGGCUCGGGAAUCCAUACACAUCAAACCGCCAUAGCAUCGGUGGGACUCUGUGCAGCAGUCAUAGAAAUGAUGGUGGUACUGGAGGUGAUUCCUCCACUGUCUUCCAUCUUCCUGCUGAGUUUUUCCAUCCAGCAGCAGCAGCACUACCGGCACCCCCGAGGGUUCGCCUGGGCCACAAACCCCGAGGCCUGAGGCUGACCUCUCCAGCAUCCUGGGCCUCCCUUCGCUCACCUGGGGCCAACCUUGAACUUCUCACUGCACAGUAUGCAUCUCACAGUGACUCAUCCCUGGCCACAGGCAGCUCAGAGGGAAGUCUGCAGACCACGAUGGAGGAAGGCCUUAGCUUCAGUGUCUCUUCAUCACAGGAACCCAACAGAGGACUUUCCACAGAGACACUGAGACCAGCCUUUGACCUCCAUGCUAAUAGAGGGGUCCAGAGCAACUGCCAGGGUUCCAUAGACCCCUUACAUGGCUCCGACAAGGCUGGCAACAGUGAACAGUUAUCAGAAACACUGAGCAGCCUUUCUUUAACAUCACUGCUCUCGCCGAGCUCUCUCGUGCCCAAACUGGUCAAGAAGAGCAACAGCACUGGAAGUUUGGCCCGGGGUAAAGAGGGAAAGGAAGGCAAAGGGGUAAAGGAAGGAUCAGAGGGAGUGCAACUGGUUAAUCUUCGGGUUACUGGAAAGGAACCGGGGGAAUCAUUGGAAUUUCAAGGGGAAAGCACGAGUCAAGUAAGAGUGGCAGGCUUGAGGAAAAACAGAUGAAACACUCUUUUAUGGCAUUCCACUUUAAGCGGUCUGCAACUUUUCCUCUCCGUGUUUUUGUUGAAUUUUUCUGCGCGGAGACAUUCAAAGUUGGACACGUGAUGUUCCAUGUUAAGAACAAAAAAAAGAACAAAUCCCGAUCUAGCACUGUCUCUCUCUUUUCAUCCGUGGCCUGAUCCUGUUUUCUAAUUUGCUCAUGAGAGAUGAGCUGGAUCCACUCCAAAAUGCACGUCUGGCCCUCCAGAGCAAAAGAAGCAGGGGACAAUACUCUACAAAACAACCACCAAAUCCUAAAUCCUGAUGGUUGAAGGAGUUCAAAUCAGGAUGUCCAAAUGCAAGAGCAGUAGGAUGUAGCGGUUUCGUUUAUGUUUUGGUAAAUUAAAUGAGUCAAAAUGCAAAAUUGAAAAUAUUUAUUGAAAAAUAGGUAGUGACCUUCAAAGACUACAAAGGCAUUGCAAGGAACUUUUGCAUCUUGUGGAAAGGGCAUGCAAGUGCAGUUGAGAAGAAAGUUUUUGAGAGGGCUGAAAAAAUCCAAGCUAUAUUUAGCAGCAUUGUGCACACAAAGUAAAUGCUUGCAUGCGUCUGCGCGUGUGCGCAUAUUUGUGUGUAUGUGUAUUUGAACCUCAAUGCAUUCUCAUUGUUUUGUAGAAUGCAAAAAAUGGGGCCAAUAUGAGAGGCUUGUCUUAAGAGCGAUAAAAUGGAAAAAUAUGUAAUCGCUGUCUUAGAAAAGGAGCAAAAAAAAAGAAAAAAAAAUUUUGCAUGACGGCAUCUCUUUACAGACAACUUGAAAUUUUGACACACUCACAGAUCCGUAUGAUGAUGUCAAUGCCGGACAAUAGCAGUGUGAUUUUUACUGAGAUAUUUUUUUAUAAACAGGUCGGCUGUAAUGGAAAUGAGGAAAGUACAUGUGUUAUUGUUGCCUUGUCCUCAUCCCACCCUACUGUUUCUCUGUCUGAUUUUAAAUUGUUUCCUGCAAGUGACUUCCAAAUUUAUAACUCGGGUAACAAGAGGGUAUUUUGUAUGCGGGAAGAAAUAGACCAAGCAAAGAAGAAGAAGAAGAUGAAGAGAUGCUUUGGAAUUUGUCAACAAGACAAGUAGGAUUAAGCAGCUCUUGCAUCACUCAACCGGAAACAUCAUGAAGGAACCAUGCCUGAAUUAAUUGAAAGAAGUUUUGAAAAUAUUGCCAGAGCUUUAAUUUGAGUGUCAUAUGACAUAACUAGGUUUAUUAGAUUUGCAACAGAUCCACUUAUUUGAGCAUUACUCUUCUCUGCAUGGACGGUUACUGGACUGUAGUAGGAUGCUUCAUAUUAUUAUUCCUUGAAUUUUAUAAUUGCACUCAUUCGCUCUAUCGUUAGCUAGCUUAGAUCAACCAGCCAUUUGGCUCAUGUACAAAAACGGAACAUCUUUUAAACCUAUAAGUAUGGCACUCAAAAUACUCAAGAGGAAAUUACGUUUUAGUGUAGUCCUACCGUAGCACUUGGUGUCCCUGAUGUGUUUCUUUCUGUUUAUAGAAUUCAGGUGAUUAUUGAAAAAUGUUUGGCUUGACCUGUUGACCAAUUUCUUUUUGAUUGGUAGUGGUUGUCUGUCCAUAAUGUGGCGAUGUCAUCAAGUGACCACUGUACAGUAUAUCAAUGGUGUUGUGGUUUAGUCAAGACUACAUUAGUUCUCGUCACAGUGCUCGACACAGUGUUAGCUUUAGGUUUAAAGUGGUAGGUUUAAAGAAUUUAUUUCAUGAAAAACAAAGACAUAAAUAUGAAGGGCUUUCUCACUUUCCAAGAUCAUCUUGGAGAUCUGAAGACAAAUCUGCUGUCAGUGGACCAGACAACAAAUGGGAACCUGACGAUACAGCAAUAAAGUGUAGCUUUGUGUAUGCCCUACGUCUAAAUAUGAUGUUAUUUCAAUAUAAUAGAAUAGUGCACAUGGUGAACAUAACCUUGGGGGCCAAUCAGAACACACCAUUUCUCAUUAUUUGAUAGGACUAAAUGAAUAAAUGAGGUCAUUUAGAACUCAGGGCCUUGGAACACACCACUAAAGAAAGACCUGGAUUUUCAGACAGGAGUGAGGGAAAGAAAAAUAAUUUGUAAGCUUACAUCAAUGCAUCAUGAACAUAGCACAACACUUUCUGGUUCUGAAAGUUAAAUAGAUUAACCCUGUCUACAUUUCAAAAUGUGUCUCUGUUACAAACGAGAGCAGUGUGGCUUAAGAAUGAAGUUUUUAAGUAGAUUCGACUAGAGAUGUGCACAAUACUGUGUUUUAAACCCAGUCCCGCCUGCUCCUGAAGGAAUUCCGAAUAAUUCUGCUAUUCCCAAAGGGAUUUUGAAUAAUUCCACCUGCUCCCAUAGACACUCUUCACUAAUACUGCCCCAGAGGUAUUCCAACUAUCCUCUUCACUCCCAUAUACACACAUGACCAAUCCAUUUAACUCUUAAAGAAAUUCUGAUCAGUCACACCCACUGAUGAUGGAAUUCUGAUCAACCUCGCACACUACUACAGACACUUGACCAAUCCUGCCUGCACUUGUUGCAAGCUUGACCAAUCAUACCAACACCUGCAGUUAUUAUGUUUGUUUGUACCUGCCUGCAAUAUUUUCUAAUGAACCGAGUAGGUUUUGGUUCCCAAAAUAUAAACAAAUUAGUCAUUUAAACCACAGAGACCCUGACAAGGAUAAAGCAGUUACUGAAGGUCAGGAAUGAACAUGCAAGCACAACUCUGCAUCCAAUACACUUUCACAUUAAACAAUGCGGACCUUCUUUGUUCUGAGAGCUUCAUAGCUGAUCAUUCACUCCUGCUUGCAUGAGAGUAAAAACCACCUGCUCUAGCAAUAUUUUUUUUUUCCUGAUGCACACCUCUAGUUUCACCCAAUGAAGCCAUGUUUGCUGAAGUUUGCUUUUUUUUUUUUCUUGCCUAAUAAACAUGAUCAAGGUGGAGCCAGAAGUCUGGUUUACUAAGUACUUAUUAAGUUUAUUAAGAAGUACUAAAUUCUACAUUUAUACAGUUGUCUAUAAUGAGAAUCUCAGCACACUAACAUCAGCACAUCCUUUAUUUUGGGUUUUGUGCUGUAAAAAUCUGUUCAAAUGAAUGACAAUUCUCAGACAGGAAGCUAGCGUGACAGUCCUAAACUUAACUGUUCGUAACGUUAACGUGCUCAGCAAUUCUGAAAAGCGUUUAAAUUUUGAUAAACUAAUUAACAGAUAUUUGAUAAUUGAUUGAGAUUUGAUUACAUGAUUGCAAAAAAAACUUGGCUAAUACAUAAUCUGGAAAUCUGAACUGAUCCCAAUAGACUAUAUUAGAGUGUCAUGUCAUGUUUAUGAAGGCCUAUGUAGGUUUAAUGUCUAACAGUGUCGAGUAUUAGACGAGGUUUUAUUGAGCACUCGAAGCUGGACGGACUCGCCACUGUACCAUUACUGAGCUUGAACGUAUGUACUUAUAUCUUUGUAUAUUGAUCUGCAUGUGUGCUAUGCUACCAAUGACGAUGAAACCUUCAUGCACAGUUUUCCAGUUUUUUUUAGGGGUGAGAAAGAUUUUUCCAUUUUGGACGCACUCCAUUUUUUUCACACCCUAGAAGUCUUCCUUGAGUUAUUUGGAGCUGAAGUGGUGUUGGUGUACAAAUCUACACUUGUAGAUGUGUGUUUUUUAUUGACACGACUUGUCCAGUCGUCAUCAUUUGUAGCUGUGAUUGAUGCCUGUCAAUCAGUGCUCGUCCUAACAGUCAUGUCCAUUCUGAUUCUGUCCCUGUUCACCCAGCACACUUUCAGCAUCCCCUUAACUUAUUUAUUCAAAGCUUCCUGUUCUCAUUACCUCUCACUCUUUCUGUUAUUUAUUUAUACCUUUCCCAUAUUUAGUCAGAACUUCCUGUUUUCAUUAAUACUCACUCUUUCUGUUUAUUUGAUGUUCUUUGUUUCCUACUUGUUCCAUAUUUGUUUAGAGCUUCCUACUCUUU